AUGCACGCGUUGGGAUUGUCCGCGAUUCUCCUGUUAUGCCAUGCUUCGAUCACCGUGACCUACCCGAUGACGACAACGAUGACGACAACGAUGACGGAAGUCGUACACGAAACAAACGCGCCGACAAAGUGCUGCGUUGCCGACUACGCGUUUGAUGAGAAUCUCAAAUGCAUCCAUGUGGAACUGAACAAGUUCAACUACACCACGCACGACGCCUGGCAAACGAUAUCGUCCGAGCCUCUCCAACAGAUUGUUACAAUGUUCGCGUUCGUGCCUGGCUUGAGCUGCCGCGUCGACGACGCCGACACGAACCGUCACCCCGUGCGCGGCUACGCGACGUUCCUCGAACCAAAAGAUUAUUGUAUCGAGAAUAUGAUCAACGGCACGAUAGUGCUCAUCAAGUGUACGGAGAUGGCUUUAAAUAAGGAAAACUGGACGGAAACGAUGAUGGUGACGAAGACUACGAUGAUCAUCACCGUAACAGCCAUCACCACCAUCACCACUAUGGCUAACAUGACGAAGGAAGACAGAGAGGAAAACGUUCACCAUAAUAACAACCUGAGAACGGUCUUUUUCUGGGGCGCGCAGACCUAUAUGGAUACCAACGUGGCCCACGUAAUUCUUUGCAUCAUCGUAGUUGUGGUGUAUCUAUCCGUUCCGAAACUGGGCAAGAGCAUCUACAAUCGCGCGGUGCUACGUCACAACGUUUGCCUGCUGCUGCAGGGAUGCAUUCUGAUGUUCCUCGGCUUCUGCGAACUGUGCAAUUGUCCGAUGAGCGAUGACUUCGCCACGUUUCUAUGGAUAGUGUUGCAGUACUUCACGAACGCCACUGUGUUCUGGCUCAAUGUGAUCUGCUUCGACAUGACACUGUCGAUUACACGGUUUCGGUGGAUGGUAGGAUUCGGUCAGCAGACCAAUCAGGAGGAGAACAGGCGACUUCUUCUGUACGGCGUCUUUGCCUGGGGCAGUGCUCUCAUCCCUGCCAUCGUUGCCUUCAUCCUGGAAUUUUUCCACGGAAUCCCGGAUGAUUUUCCGUUGAAACCGAAUUAUCGUCGGUAUCGCGGCGGUCCAAACUUGGUGGUAAACAUCUACUUCUUCGGCAUACCGCUGUUGACGCUCUUUUGGAAUAACGUGUUAUUCGUGUUCACCACGUACAAGAUCAUACGGAUACAACAAAGCACGGAGAUAGCGACGAGAAAUAACACCAACGCCCUUAAGAAGAAGUAUUUCCUCUUCCUGCAGUUGUACCUGCUGAUGGGCGCGCCCUGGUUCUUCGGCCUGCUCUUUGCCUGCCUAAACAAACUCGUGGUGCUCAAGAUAUGCCGGAUGAUAUGGCCGAUAUUGUGGCUCCUGAUGCUCGCCACCCACAAGAAAAUGCGACAGAAGCUUGCGAGCAGCUUGCGGUGCAUCACAAAGAAACGAGAAACUACCGCGACGAAUACGUAAAGAUAACAGCCCUAAUUACUUUGCGCAAUUAAAAUCCGUGUUUUGAAAAAAAAUACGCGAUAAACCAGUAUUCGUCGAUCGCAUUUGAAGCGUAGAAAAUCACGAGAUACCCGUCUAUCGUCAUCGUCAUUACGCAAUUUUGUGGCGACGAUGAAGUUCCUCUUGUUAUCGUCGCGCUCGCGCGCUGCGAGCAUUUGCAUUUUUUUCUUGCGCAAGCCGUAGGAACCCCCCCGUGGAGGAAAAAAAAAACAGAGAAAACAAAGCAAAGAAUCAACGGUCGU